UUUCUAAAGAGUAAUUUUGGAUCUCCAAGCCAGUAUAAAGACGAGGUGUGUGAAGGAGGUACACUCACUCCUACGUGGGAUACAGUACUAGAGCUGUCCACUUGAUCGGUUUUGUGUGACGUGAAGAGAAAACCAGCCAAUCAUUCAUCAUGUGCGAUGAGGAUGUUGCCGCUUUGGUUGUUGACAAUGGCUCCGGUAUGUGCAAGGCCGGAUUCGCCGGAGACGAUGCCCCAAGGGCUGUCUUCCCUUCCAUUGUAGGAAGACCACGCCACCAGGGUGUCAUGGUGGGUAUGGGUCAGAAGGACAGCUACGUAGGAGAUGAGGCUCAGAGCAAGAGAGGUAUCCUGACCCUCAAGUAUCCCAUCGAGCACGGUAUCGUCACUAACUGGGACGACAUGGAGAAGAUCUGGCAUCACACCUUCUACAACGAGCUGCGUGUGGCACCAGAGGAGCAUCCUGUGCUGCUGACUGAAGCUCCCCUGAACCCCAAGGCCAACAGGGAGAAGAUGACACAGAUCAUGUUCGAGACUUUCAACUCUCCCGCUAUGUACGUCGCUAUUCAGGCUGUGCUGUCCCUUUACGCCUCUGGUCGUACUACCGGUAUUGUCUUCGACACCGGUGACGGUGUGUCCCACACUGUGCCCAUCUACGAGGGUUAUGCCCUGCCCCACGCCAUCCUCCGUCUGGACUUGGCCGGCCGUGACUUGACCGACUACCUGAUGAAGAUCCUCACGGAGCGUGGUUACUCAUUCACCACCACGGCCGAGCGUGAAAUCGUCCGUGACAUCAAGGAGAAGCUGUGCUACUGUGCCUUGGACUUCGAGCAGGAGAUGCAGACCGCUUCAUCCAGCUCCUCCCUGGAGAAGAGCUACGAGUUGCCCGAUGGUCAGGUCAUCACCAUCGGCAACGAGCGUUUCAGAUGCCCAGAGACCCUCUUCCAGCCUGCUUUCAUUGGAAUGGAAUCUGCCGGCAUCCAUGAGACUACCUACAAUAGCAUCAUGAAGUGUGACAUCGAUAUCCGUAAGGAUCUGUACGCCAACACCGUGCUGUCUGGCGGAACCAGCAUGUACCCAGGUAUUGCCGACCGCAUGCAGAAGGAAAUCCAGGCCCUGGCUCCACCCACCAUGAAGAUCAAGAUCAUCGCUCCCCCAGAGAGGAAGUACUCUGUAUGGAUCGGUGGCUCCAUCCUUGCCUCUCUGUCCACCUUCCAACAGAUGUGGAUCAGCAAGCAGGAGUACGAUGAGUCUGGCCCCAGCAUCGUGCACCGCAAGUGCUUCUAAACUCUUUACGCUCACGGUAGCAGUUUUGUUCACCAGACUAUACAGUAAUUGACGUGUACGCAUAUCCAUCACCGUUGUCAUGGACACCAGUGACGCCAUCUUGGAUUCUCUCAGAGUCCUUUUGAAAAAUUCAAAAUCAGUGCAAUUGUGGUCAAACGAUAGAAAGUUGUCACAGCAGGCCAAACAUGUGCAAAAAAGUCGCCAGCCUCAUAUCUUAUUUGAAUAAAUAAAAUUUUGGAUUAAAAAAAUCGCUUGUGGCGGAAGUACUGACUUAAUUUGGUCUAAUAAUCAAAUGUUCGAGGCGAAUUAAUAAAGUCAGAAUACAGACCAGGCUAGGACAGACUUACCGUUAGAAUAUUUGUUCAUUUUUAUGUCGAAGAAAUCAUGACCUUUUAUUGUGAAACCAAAUCAGCAAGCUUAAGAACUGUCGUAGAAAAUAGAACUAGAUGUGUCGAUAAGAUUAGAGACAAGCAGCGAAUGUUGAAUGAACGGGUCAAAGGCAAAGGACUUUUAUUUCUGGUCCGUGAGACUGACAAAUUGUUGACUGUAGAGGGCGGGACAUAAGUUGCAAUAUCAAGAUCUGUAGUGGCAUUAGCGUUUAUCGUAGCUUUGUCAGUUCAGAAGAAUGAAAGAAAUGGUUUAUUUAUUGAAUUUUGACAAGUUGAUGGGUGCUAAUGGGGAAAAAACGAAAAACAAAAACUGUGUUUUUUUCUGAGCAAAAUAAAACCAGGUAUUUUGUAGUGCAGA